AUGUCUAGUGGCAACGAAGGAGUAUCUCGUCCCAUGGACUUUGAACAAAUGAUGGAGCAAAUGGAGAGACGUUUCCAAGGCAUGCUAGUACCCAUUCAAGAUGAGUUGCUGCAACUCCGAGCGUCUGGAACACCAAAAACCACUAAGUCCAUGCGAAGGCGAAGGGAAGUGGAGGAGUCGUCCGAUGGUUCCAAUAACAAUGAUGAUGAUGACGAGGAACCUCCCUUUCGGGCAAGACGAAGGAACCCGACUGGACCCGCUGAUGUAUUCAAGGGGAUCAAAAUGAAAAUCCCUGAAUUCAGAGGACGGUCCGAUCCCGAGGCCUUUCUCGAAUGGUUAUCCAAGAUCGAAAUGGUCUUUUCUUGCCAAAACUACUCCGAGGUGCAAAAGGUCCAAUUGGCAACCAUGGAAUUCACUGAGUACGCUGUGGUUUGGUGGGACCAAAUCAAGAAGUCUAGAAGGAGAAAUGGACUCCCUGAGCUCGUUCCAUGGCCCGAACUUCGAGCCAUGAUGCGCACCCGCUUUGUACCUGGACACUAUACUAGGGAUUUGUACCACCGACUACAAACCCUAAUUCAGGGCAACCGGAGUGUGGAUGAGUACCACAAGGAGAUGGAGAUCCUGAUGCUUAGAGCGGAUGUACAGGAGGAUCCUGAAGCCACCAUGGCGAGAUUCUUGAGCGGGUUACGACCCGAUAUUGCUGAACGAGUGGAACUUCAACAUUAUAUGGAGUUGCAUGAGCUUGUUGACAAGGCCGUUAAGGUCGAGCAGAGGCUCAAGAGAAGGGGUACUACUCGACCGACUUUCGGUAACACCACCUACUCUACCAACCGCCCAUUCCAACCACGGAAUGACUCCCGGCCUUCACCAAAUGCUCCUACACCAAAACCGAGAUUCGAAGGAGGUAAGGUGGGCAACCCUAGUAUUAGCAAGCCGCCCUCUUCUACUCCAAAAUUUGAGGAGCCUAGGGUACAAACUAGAGCUCGUGACACUCGAUGCUUCAAAUGCCAAGGUAGAGGCCAUAUUGCUAGUCAAUGUCCCAAUCAAAGGACUAUGAUUAUGAUGCAAAAUGGUGAGAUCGUGAGUGAGGACGAAACCGAGUACGAAGGCAUACCACCUCUUGACGGAGGUAGUGAGGGGGAAUCGCCAAAUGAAGAGGAGUUUAGUGCACCCGAGGGUCAUUUUGGGACUGCUUUGGUUGCAAGGAGAGCAUUAACUGCACGUGUUAAGGAGGACGAGCUUCAACGGGAGAACAUUUUCUACACCAGGUGCUUUGUCAACCAAGCACUUUGUAGUAUGAUUAUUGAUAGUGGGAGCUGCACAAAUGUUGCUAGUUCACUCAUGGUGGACAACUUGAAGUUGCCUACAAGGGAUCACCCGCGACCCUACAAGCUCCAAUGGCUCAACAACUCUGGGGAGGUUCGAGUAACCAAGCAGGUUCUUAUAUCCUUCCAAAUCCAUAAAUAUUCUGAUGAAGUAUUAUGUGAUGUAGUUCCUAUGCAGGCUAGUCACAUUAUACUAGGUAGGCCUUGGCAGUUUGACAGACAGGUGACUUUUGAUGGUAUGACUAAUAAGUAUAGCUUCUUGUACAACAGUAAGAAAGUCACACUAGCUCCCCUUUCCCCCAAACAAGUGCAUGAGGACCAAUUGAAAUUGCAACAAGAGUUUGAGAAGCAAAAAAAGGAGAGGAAAAAGGCUAUAGAUAGCUCGGCAAGUGAGGUAAAAAUCGAGGGAAAACAAAUGCUCCUGAUAAAAGCCAAGAAAGUGAGGAAGUUAAUGAGAGAUGAGCAGCCACUUCUUAUGCUUGUUAGCAAGGAAGUAGCUCUGAAUAUGCAUGAACUUGAUACUGAUAUACCUCUCGAGGUUAAGUCUCUUUUACAGGAGUACGCUGAUGUCUUCCCCGAGGACGUGCCAAGUGGAUUGCCACCACUUAGGGGCAUUGAGCAUCAAAUUGACUUCAUCCCUGGAGCUUCAUUGCCAAAUCGCCCAGCUUACAAGAGCAACCCGGAGGAGACUAAGGAGUUGCAAAGGCAAGUGGACGAGUUGCUUGGCAAAGGAUGGGCACGUGAGAGUUUAAGCCCGUGUGCUGUUCCAGUCAUUCUGGUGCCCAAGAAAGAUGGUACGUGGAGAAUGUGUACUGAUUGCAGAGCCGUAAAUGCCAUCACGGUAAAGUAUCGCCACCCUAUACCUCGCUUAGAUGACAUGCUUGAUGAGUUACAUGGGGCUGUGUUCUUUACCAAAAUUGAUCUCAAAAGUGGGUACCAUCAAAUUAGGAUUCAGGAGGGGGAUGAAUGGAAAACUGCCUUCAAAACUAAGUAUGGCUUGUAUGAGUGGUUAGUGAUGCCUUUUGGGCUAACUAAUGCACCUAGUACCUUCAUGAGGUUAAUGAAUCAUGUUCUGCGUCCAUUCUUAGGAAAAUUUGUGGUAGUUUACUUUGACGAUAUCCUAAUUUAUAGCAAAUCUUAUGAUGAGCACCUAGAGCAUAUUAGGGCUGUUAUGGAUGUACUUCGAAGAGAGAAGCUCUAUGCCAAUCUCAAGAAGUGCAAUUUUUGCACUAACGAACUUGUGUUCCUAGGGUUUGUUAUAAGUGCGCAGGGAAUGAAGGUGGAUGAUCAAAAGGUAAAAGCUAUUCAAGAGUGGCCAACACCAAGGUCUGUGGGUGAUGUUCGAAGCUUCCAUGGCCUUGCGGGUUUCUAUAGGAGAUUCGUGAGGGACUUUAGCACUAUUGCUGCACCCUUGACCGAGUUGAUCAAGAAGAAUGAGAACUUCCAUUGGGGAGAUUCUCAAGAACAAGCCUUUCGCGCUUUAAAGCACAAACUCACACAUGCACCUGUACUUGCUUUACCUGACUUUUCUAAGACAUUUGAAAUUGACUGUGAUGCUUCAGGUAUUGGAGUUGGAGCUGUGUUGAACCAAGGAGGAAGACCUAUUGCCUACUUUAGUGAGAAACUCAAUGGGGCUGCGCUGAACUACUCAACUUAUGAUAAAGAGUUGUACGCCCUCAUUCGAGCACUACAAGUUUGGCAGCACUACUUAAGGCCUAAGGAAUUCGUGAUACACACUGAUCAUGAGUCCCUUAAAUACCUUAAGGCCCAGCACACCCUGAGCAAAAAGCAUGCAAGGUGGAUCGCAUUCGUGGAGUCCUUUCCGUACGUGAUUAAAUACAAGGCUGGUAAGUCUAAUGUGGUUGCGGAUGCACUCUCACGAAGGGCUAUCCAUUCUACUACUGGUUUCUCUCCAUUUGAAUGUGUUUAUGGUUUUAAUCCGCUAACACCACUUGAUCUAGUGCCAUUACCUAGUAAUGAGCGCGCACAUUUGGAUGGUAAGAAACGUGCAGAGUUUGUUAAGCAACUGCAUGAGAAAGUCAGGGCUAACAUUGAGAGGAGAACUGCUCAAUAUGUCAAGCAAGCUAACAAAGGUCGCCAAAAGUUGAUUUUUGAGCCUGGCGAUUGGUGUGGUUGCACAUGCGCAAAGAACGCUUUCCUGUUCAAAGGAGGAACAAAUUACAACCACGGUGAUGGACCUUUUCAAGUGUUGGAGCGCAUCAAUGACAACGCCUACAAACUUGACCUUCCUGGUGAGUAUGGAGUUAGUGCUACAUUUAAUGUCUCUGACUUAGCUCCUUUUGAUGCAGAUGAUGCGUUUGAUUUGAGGGCAAAUCCUUCUCAAGAGGAGGGGAAUGAUAGCAUCAUGGUACGUGGGCAGGCCAACAAUGGCUCGAGUAAUCGAGGAGUUGAGGAUCACGUGCACGCCCCAAGUGGACCCAUUACUAGGGCUCGCGCAAAGAAACUUCGUGAGCAACUCAAUGUACUUAUUCAGGCCAUACACAAGUCCUUUGAAGGAUUCAUACAUUCAAGUGAAGGUGGUCGCGGUCCGAUAAUGAGCAUUGAAGCUACACCUGAGGAUUAG